GCGGGCCACGUCGGGAAGAUGGCGCUGUGUGUGCUGCAGAACGCGGUUCGCGGAGCGGCGGCGCUGCCCAGGCUAAAGGCAUCCCUCGUGGCCAGUGUCUGCAGGCCUGGGUACAGCUCCUUGUCCAAUCACAAGUAUGUCCCUCGGAGGGCAGUGCUCUAUGUGCCUGGGAAUGACGAAAAGAAAAUAAGGAAGAUCCCAUCUUUGAAAGUAGAUUGUGCUGUGCUGGACUGCGAGGACGGUGUCGCGGAAAACAAAAAGAACGAAGCUCGAUUGAGAAUAGCAAAAACUCUUGAAGACUUUGACCUGGGCACAACGGAAAAGUGUGUGAGAAUCAACUCAGUGUCUAGUGGUCUGGCUGAAGCCGACCUGGAGACAUUUCUACAGGCCAGAGUUCUUCCUUCUAGUCUGAUGCUACCAAAGGUAGAAGGUCCUGAAGAAAUCCAGUGGUUUUCAGACAAAUUUUCACUCCACUUAAAAGGCCGAAAGCUUGAACAACCAAUGAAUUUAAUCCCCUUUGUGGAGACUGCAAUGGGUUUGCUCAAUUUUAAGGCAGUGUGUGAAGAAACACUAAAGAUUGGACCUCAAGUGGGUCUUUUCCUAGACGCAGUCGUUUUUGGAGGAGAAGAUUUUCGAGCCAGCAUAGGUGCAACAAGCAACAAGGACACCCAAGACAUCCUCUAUGCCCGACAGAAGAUUGUCGUCACGGCAAAGGCCUUUGGCCUACAAGCCAUAGAUCUUGUAUACAUCGACUUCCGGGAUGAAGAUGGACUUCUCAGACAGUCUAGAGAAGCAGCCGCCAUGGGCUUCACUGGUAAACAGGUGAUCCACCCUAACCAGAUUGCCGUGGUACAGGAACAGUUUACUCCAACCCCGGAAAAAAUUCGGUGGGCUGAAGAGCUGAUUGCUGCCUUCAAAGAACACCAGCAGUUGGGAAAGGGAGCCUUUACUUUCCAAGGAAGUAUGAUCGACAUGCCAUUACUGAAGCAGGCCCAGAACAUUGUUACGCUUGCCACAUCCAUCAAGGAAAAAUGAUCUGUUAAAUGAAGCCCUUCUCAGGCGGGCUGAAUGGAUACCGUGGGUUUCUUAAAGACAAACCACAGUACCCAGGGCAGCUUGCUAGCACGCCGGAUCGGGACCUCAUCUCACGUUAGUCACAACGCCCCCUCCCCUUGCAUCUUACUGACCCGAUAUUCUAAAAAUAAACGUUCUUCCCUUGGAAUCUAA